AUGGUUAAAAGAAAAAAAAGUCGUAUGAAAAUCAAAGACAGGAUCAGUGAUUUACCUGAUAGUGUUAUACUUCACAUACUCUCUUUUUUGAACAUCAAACAAGCUCUUCAGACUUGUAUUCUCUCCACAAGAUGGAUGAAUCUCUGGCAGCAACCUCCCACUCCUGUAUUAAUUUCUUCACAACUCACCACUGCCGAUAUUUUCAUCGAAUUCGUGUCUCUGAUCUUUUCUAAUCGCAAUAUCUCAACAGAUCUUUACACUCUAAGAUUUCGCAGCAGUAAUGUCACGGAGCAAAGCCUUCUCGAAACGAUUCUAAAUUACGCUGUUUCACACAAAGUCCAACAAUUAGAUGUCCAUGUUAAAUGUGAUAUUCAACAAUUUCCGACUUGUUUAUUAUUGUGUCGCAGUUUAACCUCUCUUGAUCUUUGUUUUAGUCAUCCUACAAUUUAUGGUAGGACCACAUUGUUUCCAAGUUCUUUGAAUAUGCCAGUAUUGACUAGUUUGAGUCUAUGGUACUUUGCCUUUUCGGUUGGCAAUGAUGGUCGUGUUGAUCCAUUUUCAGCAUUAACCAAUUUGAAAAGUUUGACAAUGGUGUAUUGUAAAGUUGCGGGAGCGGAAAACCUUUGCAUUUCAAGUACCAAGCUUGUCAAUUUAUAUAUAUACAUGAGUCAUUAUGCCCCCGAAACCUAUUUUGGAAUGGAACUAUAUGCUCCAAAUAUUUGUACCUUUAAUUUUAGUGGUAUUCCGGUUCAGAAACUCUGUUGGGCCAAGAGCAAUCUCUCUUCGAUCAAACAAGUAAGUAUUGAUGUAAUAGAAUUUUGGAAAUCAAAGGAGACUUCAUUAGUUCUACUCAAAUGGCUGAUUGAACUUGCUAAUAUGGCAUCCUUGACGAUCUCUUCAACAGCUCUUAAGGUUCUAUCCUUAGUUCCGAAUUUAUUGGUUAAGUGUCCUUCCUUGUGUAACUUGAAGUCACUCAAGGUAGAAAAGAGACAAAUUUCACCAAUGAUACCAGAUGGAAUAGUGGACAUUUUGAUUCAAAACUCGCCUUCACCAAAGCCUGGUGCAGCCUUGGUCAGAAAUAAAGCAGAUGAUGUGAUUAAAUUAAUGAAGAAAUUGAAGGACCCCUUUGGAUUAAUGUAA